AUGGCCACCGAUUUUAAAACUCCAUCGAUAACCACAGAUAGUACGAAAGGCGCAACAACUGAUUCUAUUUCUCAAUCAACAAAUCCAGCAUUACGAAUUUGUUGCAUCGGCGCUGGAUAUGUCGGUGGUCCAACUUGUGCAAUUAUUGCUAGUAAAUGUCCAGAUAUUCAUAUAACUGUGGUUGAUGUGAGUGCCGAACGUAUUGCUGCUUGGAAUUCAGAUGCAUUACCAAUAUUUGAGCCAGGAUUAGAUGAAAUCGUACGAAAAAUUCGUAAUCGUAAUUUAUUCUUUUCAACAGAUACAGACAAAGCUAUUAACGAAGCUGAUUUAAUCUUUAUUAGUGUUAAUACACCAACAAAAUCCUAUGGUUUUGGUACAGGACGAGCUGCUGAUUUACGUUACGUCGAAGAAGCUGCUCGACAAAUAGCUCAUACGGCAACAAAUAAUAAAAUCGUUGUUGAAAAAUCAACAGUACCUGUUAAAGCAUGUGAAUCAAUAAAAACAAUCUUAAAAACAAAUAAACGACCUGGUGUUAGCUAUCAAGUUCUUUCGAAUCCAGAAUUUUUAGCCGAAGGUUCAGCUGUUCAUGAUCUUUUAGCACCCGAUCGUGUUUUAAUUGGCGGCGAUGAAUCUAUCGAAGGAUCAUUAGCAAUCAAGAAACUCUCAUGGAUCUAUGAACAUUGGGUACCAAAAGAAAAAAUUCUUACAACAAAUACAUGGUCAUCGGAACUAUCGAAAUUAGUAGCCAAUGCCUUUUUGGCUCAACGUAUCUCAAGUAUAAAUACGAUUUCAGCUGUUUGCGAAGCGACAGGUGCAUCUGUAAAAGAAGUUGCAAAAGCAGUCGGACUUGAUUCUCGUAUUGGAAACAAAUUUCUCGAUGCUAGUAUCGGCUUUGGCGGUAGUUGUUUUCAAAAGGAUGUCUACAAUUUAAUCUAUUUGGCUGAAUCAUUAAAACUUGAACCAGUUGCACAGUAUUGGUUACAAGUGAUUAAAGUCAACGAUUGGCAACGUGAGCGUUUUGCUCACAUGAUUGUUCAAAAUAUGUUUGGUAGUGUUAGUGGGAAAAAGAUUGCUAUUUUUGGUUUUGCUUUCAAAAAAGAUACUGCUGAUACACGUGAAUCAUCAAGUAUUUAUGUGUGUCGAUAUUUAAUCGAGGAAGGUGCAACCUUACAUAUUUAUGAUCCAAAAGUAACAUCGGAGCGAAUUUUUCUCGAUUUAUCUGAACAAACUGGCACCAAUGAAACAGACUUACUCAACCAUGUUCAAAUAGCCAAUGAACCUUAUGCAGCAGCAAAAGAUUCUCAUGCUAUUGUUGUUUGCACUGAAUGGGAUGAAUUUAUAAAAUUAGAUUAUGAACUAAUCUACAGUACUAUGCAGAAACCAUCGUAUGUAUUCGAUGGAAGACUUAUCCUCGACCAUGAUCAGUUGAUGAGUAUUGGCUUCAAUGUAUUUUGUAUUGGAAAAAAACCGCCUAAAAAUCAAUUUCUUACUCAAAGUCCACUUUAA